CACACGUGCCCUGUUUCUCCCAACGACCGCGUCAAGAAUCUGCGUUUUCCCCCUUCCCUUUAUGAUAGAUCCUCCCUCGCCCUCCUGACCAGAUCAAAUCCGUAUCUCCUACUCCCAACGAACAGGCGAGAGAACGGAAUGACUCAUGCCUCUCGGACCUCCCAGCAGAGACCCCUACCCUCUACCGACAGCGGGAGAGGGUGUCGUUGCCCCGCCCGGUGAAGUGACUAUCUAUCUCCCCGGAUACGAGCCCGAUCGAACCCUACUACGGUUUUGGGCGUACAGUGUGGACGAGGAGGAUGGGCCAUAUGUGAAUUAUGAGUUUGCGUACGACAUGUGCAUGGCGAUGACCAACAAUGCUGGACCCGGGUUCUUCACGAAAGGACGAGAGCCGAACAGCGAAAAGGCAGAGGUGGAAAAGGGCGGUUUGCUAGCGAAACAAAAAUAUUUCUUUCACGUUGGAAGUGACACAUCGACGGUGCCAGAAAAAUACCCGGUUCUGCGAAGCUUUCGGGACUUCACCUUCACGCCGGAAGUUGUUGGCGAGCAUUGGCGGAAGGCCGUUCCGGGGAAGAGAAGCGCAGACGGUUACUUGCCGGAUGCAUGCUGCGUGAGUGGUGAAGAUGUAAUGAUAGAAGCUGCGCAUUUGAUUCCAAAGACGGAAUGGCAAUUCUGGAAGGAGAAUGCGUUGCACCGAUACGCGAUGGAGCCAGUCCCCCGCACCCAAGGACGUGAAACCUAUACUCGGAGCAACACCAUUCCACUGGCUUCCAACCUACACAAGAUGUUUGAUGCCGGGCAUUUCGUCCUGAUACCGGUAAAUGGACAAUUACAAUGCCAGUGGAUCCGAAGGAGUGAUCUGAUGGCACUUAAGUAUCACCAUCGACCAGUCCAUGGAGGAGUUGCCACGGUCUCACCUGAAUUGGCUUAUCUCGGGUGCGUAUACCGAAUGAUGGGUGUGAUGCAGGAGGAACUCCUCGAAAGGGGAGCUCAGGAAACCCUAGUGUUGACUAAAGAAGACGGAGCAAUCAUGAUGACCGGAUUUGACCUGGGGCAAUACAAGAGUCAGCAAUUGCGCAACACCAGCCCCACGAAAAGUGGUAGUGGAGGUAGCGGCCCCAGAAAACGACCGCGGGAAGAUGUCGAGAACGAUGAAUUGAUCGCUACUAGAUUCGUUAACCACGACGACGUGGAGGAAGGGUGCUCCGAUUCCGGAGUGGAUGUGAAUGAGUAUUGGAGGGGGAGACCGCGGACAAAGUGUCAGGAGCAGAUGAUGAGGUGCGAUAGGGUAAGGAAGAGACGAGCAGAACUUGACGGGGAGGAGAAAGAGGAGAUUUUGGCGCAAAUGGGCGGGGAAACCGGGCUAGAACCCGGGAAGGCAAUUGUCAAUGAAAAGUACAAAAGAAGGAGGCACAACCGGUUGCCGUCGUCUCGCAGAUAUCCCACCGCUCCAUGAUGGCGAUCAGAGGGCACUCCGUACACCUUCAGCUUUUGGGAAAAUAUCAAGUAAUGGAUGAGGCGCAGCUCCGCGUUGGAAUAAAUUAGAGCCUCCGGGUUUGUGAGCCUGGAUAUCUGUCGAGAUUU